CGCCCGGUGCCUCACGUGACCUGGCCGGCAGCUAGGCGAAGAUGGCCACCGUGUCUUCGGGUUGAAGGAUACGGGGCGCUCCUCAACCGCCUUCCCAACCACCGCCGCUACUUCUACCGUACCGCCACCACGACAACAGCAGUAGCAGCGCCGUCUUCUUCCAAACGCUCGUCCUCGGCCGCUCCCUUUCGCUGAUAACUGGCAUUGUGGAACCUGACUGCUAAGGAUGGCUAAUCUGAUGUCUCAGAGUUUGGUGACUUAUGUGGAAGAAGAAAAUGUUCCUGCUUUGAAAGCAUUUCUUGAGAAGUGCAAAGAUGUGGAUGAGAGGGACGAGAAUGGUCAGACUCCUUUAAUGCUAGCUGCAGAGCAAGGCAAUUUAGAAAUUGUCCAAGAACUGAUAAAAAAAGGCGCCAACUGUAACUUGGAAGAUUCAGAUAACUGGACAGCUCUUAUCUCUGCAUCUAAAGAGGGGCAUAUUGCUAUUGUAUCAGAACUCUUAGCAUGCAAUGUGAAUAUAGAACAUCGGGACAUGGGUGGGUGGACAGCCCUUAUGUGGGCAUGUUACAAAGGCUCUACUGAAGUAGCUGAACUGCUUCUUGAAAGAGGAGCAAACCCAAACAUCACUGGUAUACAAUAUAGUGUGUAUCCGAUAAUUUGGGCAGCAGGUCGAGGCCAUUCUCGUAUUGUGCAACUGUUGCUGCAACAUGGAGCUAAAGUCAACUGCUCUGACAAGUAUGGUACUACACCAUUGAUCUGGGCAGCAAGAAAAGGACAUCUGGAUUGUGUAAAGUAUCUGUUGCAGAUGGGAGCAGAUGUAGAUCAGGAAGGAGCUAAUUCUAUGACUGCACUUAUUGUAGCAGUAAAAGGAGGCUUUACAGAUUCAGUGAAAGAAAUCCUGAAAAGAAAUCCAAAUGUGAACUUAACAGAUAAAGAUGGAAAUACAGCUUUGAUGAUUGCUUCAAAGGAGGGACACAUAGAAAUUGUGCAAGAUCUCCUAGAUGCAGGAACCUAUGUGAAUAUUCCUGAUCGAAGUGGAGAUACUGUGCUGAUUGGGGCUGUCAGAGGUGGUCAUGUUGAAAUUGUGAGAGCAUUGCUUCAAAAAUAUGCUGAUAUAGACAUUAGAGGUCAGGAUAAUAAAACAGCUUUAUAUUGGGCUGUUGAAAAAGGAAAUGCUACCAUGGUAAGAGAUAUUUUGCAGUGUAACCCAGACACUGAAAUAUGUACAAAGGACGGUGAAACACCUCUUAUAAAGGCAACCAAAAUGAGAAAUAUUGAAAUAGUUGAGCUUCUGCUGGACAAAGGAGCAAAAGUUUCUGCUAUAGAUAAGAAAGGAGACACUCCACUACAUAUUGCUAUUCGUGGCAGGAGCCGUAGGCUUGCAGAACUGCUUUUACGAAAUCCUAAAGAUGGCAGGCUACUUUAUAGGCCUAAUAAAGCUGGUGAAACCCCUUACAACAUUGAUUGCAGCCAUCAGAAAAGUAUUUUAACUCAAGUCUUUGGUGCUAGGCACUUGUCUCCUACUGAAUCAGAUGGGGAUAUGCUGGGUUAUGAUCUCUACAGCAGUGCAUUAGCUGACAUUCUUAGUGAACCAACAAUGCAGCCACCAAUUUGUGUUGGGCUGUAUGCCCAGUGGGGAAGUGGCAAAUCUUUCUUGCUCAAGAAACUUGAAGAUGAAAUGAAAACAUUUGCAGGACAGCAGAUUGAACCUUUGUUCCAAUUUUCCUGGCUUAUUGUGUUCCUUUCACUUUCAUUGUGUGGCAGCCUUGGCUUAUUACUUGCAUUUACCGUAGAUGAAAAACUUGGAAUAGCAGUGGCAUUGAGCUUAUUGGCACUGCUAUACGUAUUUUUCACUGUAAUAUAUUUUGGGAGCCGAAGAGAAGGAGAAAAUUGGAAUUGGGCAUGGGUGCUUAGUACAAGAUUGGCAAGACAUAUUGGCUACAUGGAAUUACUUCUUAAACUCAUGUUUGUGAACCCACCUGAGUUGCCAGAGCAAACUACUAAAGCCUUACCCGUCAGGUUUCUCUUUACAGAUUACAAUAGAUUGUCCAGCGUAGGUGGAGAAACCUCAAUGGCUGAAAUGAUUGCCACCCUUUCAGAUGCCUGUGAGAGAGAAUUUGGGUUUUUAGCAACACGUCUUUUUCGUGUAUUCAAAACUGAAGAAACUCAAGGAAAAAAGAAAUGGAAGAAAACUUGUUGUCUCCCAUCUUUUGUUAUCUUCCUCUUUAUUCUGAGCUGCAUUGUUGCUGGGAUCACUCUUACAGCUUAUUUCAAAGUGAAUCCUGAAAACACGACAGUGAAUGCUAUUCUGAUUUCAUUUUUAUGCAUUGUGGGUUUGAGCUUUAUCUUGAACUGUCGCACGUGGUGGCAAGUGAUGGACUCCAUCUUAAAUUCACAGAGAAAACGGCUUCACAGUGCUGCUUCAAAACUACACAAACUGAAGAGUGAGGGAUUUAUGAAAGUUCUUAAAUGUGAAGUGGAGCUGAUGGCAAAAAUGGCAAAAACUAUAGAUAGCUUUACUCAGAAUCAAACCAGGCUUGUAGUAAUUAUUGAUGGAUUGGAUGCCUGUGAACAGGAUAAAGUUUUACAGAUGCUUGAUACAGUCCGAGUCCUUUUUUCUAAAGGUCCAUUUAUUGCCAUUUUUGCUAGUGAUCCCCACAUCAUUAUCAAGGCAAUUAAUCAGAAUCUGAACAGUGUACUAAGAGACUCAAAUAUAAACGGACAUGAUUACAUGAGGAAUAUAGUUCAUUUACCUGUAUUUCUUAAUAGUCGUGGACUCAGUAGUGCUAAAAAGAUGAUGGUAGCUGCGACCACAAAUGGAGAUGUUCCAUAUACAGAUAGUUCAGGAUUUCAUGAAGACAUUGAUCGAAGGAUUUCACAGAAUAGCCUGGGAGAUGUGACUAAGCUUGGAAGUAAAACAGCUCUCAAUAGAAGGGAUACCUACAGAAGAAGGCAAAUGCAGCGUACCAUUACACGUCAGAUGUCUUUUGAUCUGACCAAACUACUGGUUACAGAAGACUGGUUCAGUGAUAUUAGCCCACAGACAAUGAGGCGAUUGCUUAAUAUUGUUUCUGUAACAGGGCGUUUAUUGAGAGCUAAUCAGAUCACUUUCAAUUGGGAUAGGCUGGCAAGCUGGAUCAACUUGACAGAGCAAUGGCCAUACAGAACAUCCUGGCUUAUAUUAUAUUUGGAAGAAACAGAAGGUGUUCCAGAUCAACUAACUUUAAAAACAAUCUAUGAGAGAAUUUCAAAGAAUAUUCCAACAACUAAAGAUGUUGAACCUUUACUAGAAAUUGAUGGUGAUAUUCGAAAUUUUGAAGUUUUUUUGUCAUCACGAACUCCAGUCCUUAUAGCACGAGAUGUAAAAACGUUUUUACCAUGUACAGUGAAUCUUGAUCCCAAACUGCGAGAAAUUAUUGCAGAUGUCCGGGCUGCAAGAGACCAAAUUAAUAUUGCAGCAAUUCCAUAUCCUGCAAUGCCUAUACAAGAUGCGGCUCCCAGAGCAUCAUCAGUAUUUAGUCAGCCAUCAUCAGCCUGCUCUUCAACCCAUUCUUUUAAUGGACCUUUCAAUGGAGGAGUUGUAUCACCACAGCCCCAUAGCAGCUACUACAGUGGAAUGACAGGACCACAGCAUCCAUUUUAUAACAGACCAUUCUUUGCCCCAUAUGUUUACAUGCCAAGGUAUUACCCUGGCAGUUCUCAUCUCACCUCCCGUCCAUCACUAAAACCGAAUUUGUCCAGGGAACAAAGCAAUGGUCUAGGGACAGUCCCUGGAUCAGGAGCAUCCCAUGUUCCUUUGAGCUCAAUGAGCGUAGAUGCUGUGUGUGAGAAGCUGAAACAAAUAGAAGGAUUAGAUCAGACUAUGCUGGCUCAAUAUUCUGCAACUAUAAAGAAGGCUAAUAUAAAUGGUCGUGUUUUAGCACAGUGUAACAUUGAUGAACUAAAACGUGAGAUGAACAUGAAUUUUGGGGACUGGCAUCUCUUCAGGAGUGCAGUACUUGAUAUGAGAAAUGCAGAAAGUCAAGCUGUCCAUGAAGAUUCUCGAACAGUGGCUGAGCAUGCCAACACCAUUCCUCAUAAUGAACUCACUCGGCGUCCAACUCUAAACAACGAAUUACCCCAUACAGAACUUACUGGUCUUCCAGGUCAAGCUCCUUAUGCUCUCAAUUUUAGCUUUGAAGAAUUGAACAAUAUUGGCCUAGAGGAAGCCCCUCCACGUCAUAGCAAUCUAAGCUGGCAGUCACAAGCCCGCCGGACUCCAAGUCUUUCAAGCCUCAAUUCUCAAGAUUCUAGUAUUGAAAUUUCAAAGCUUACUGAUAAGGUACAAGCAGAAUAUAGAGAUGCAUAUAGAGAAUAUAUUGCUCAAAUGUCACAGUUAGAAGGAGGUGCAAGUUCUAGUACAGUGAGUGGUAGAUCUUCACCACAUAGUUCAGCAGCAUUUUAUAUGGGCCAGAGCACAUCCACAGGUUCUCUUCAUUCCAAUAUGGAACAAGAUAAGGGAAAGGAUGCUGAACAGAAACAAGAUGAUGGAAGGAAAUCCUUCUUGAUGAAGCGGAAUGAUGUUGUAGAUUAUAGUAGUUCGGUAUCUACUAAUGAUGCCUCUCCAUUGGAUCCCAUUACUGAAGAAGAUGAAAAAUCAGAUCAGUCUGGAUCCAAGCUUCUUUCUGGGAAGAAAUCUUCAGAAAGAACUAGCAUUUUUCAAGCUGCAGAUCUGAAGUUGAAAGGAGUAGCUCUACGUUAUCAGAAACUUCCAAGUGAUGAAGAUGAGUCUGGAACAGAAGAAUCUGAUAAUACACCUCUACUCAAGGAAGGUAAAGAUCGGAAAAUAGAAGGAAAAGUAGAGAAACAGUCCAAAUCUCCAGAACAUGGCUCUGAGCCCAUCAGAACCUUGAUUAAAGCAAAAGAAUAUUUGACAGAUGCUCUUCUAGACAAAAAGGAUUCCUCUGACUCUGGAGUAAGAUCCAACGAAAGCUCUCCAAAUCAUUCUCUCCAUAAUGAUGGAGAUGACUCACAGCUUGAAAAAGCAAAUCUCAUUGAGCUGGAAGAUGAUGGCCGCAGUGGGAAAAGGGGAAUUCCCCAUAGCUUGAGUGGCCUUCAAGAUCCGACAAUCGCACGUAUGUCAAUUUGUUCAGAAGAUAAGAAAAGUCCUUCGGACAGCAGCUUAAUAGCAAGCAGUCCGGAAGAGAAUUGGCCAGCAUGUCAAAAAGUCUACAAUUUAAAUCGAACACCUAGCACAGUCACCCUGAAUAAUAACAGCGCGCCAACCAAUAGACCCAAUCAGAAUUUUGAGGAGUCUGAUGGCAUCGUAGUAGAACCUCCUCAAAUCAUUUUGUGUCCUGGAUCAAGUUCUAAUUCAGUCGCAGUUCAGAAUGAUAAUAUUAAAGGCGUGACCCAUAAGCGUAGUCAGCGUUCAAGUUAUUCAAGGCUUUCAAAAGAUUCUUCUGAGCUUCUGACCGUUAUUGGUUCUGAUGCUGCAGGCUUUGGAGAAGAGAGAGAGAGUAUUCUUUGAAAGUAAUCCAAGUUAUUACCAUAUUGACUCCAUCUACCUGACUUAUUUAUUUUUAUUUUUUAUACAACCUCCUUUUCUUAGUUCCUCAUCAGAUUUACACAUUUCUUUAUCAUUCCAAUCUACAGCUUGUUUCUCUGUCCUCUGCUCAUGUUUGCUCUUCUCAUAAAACGUAGGGUUGUAAUCCAGUCGAAAUCUUAUAGCUUAGAAUAGAAAAAAUUCACAAUAUAUUGAAAAAUAGUUGAACAAUGGCCAGCAUAAAUGAGCAGCCAUUGAUCAGGUAGAGAUGGUGUUCAAUUUUUCUAGGACGAGGAUAUCUGUUUUGGUCUGCAUGUUGAAAAGUGGUGCUGAGAUAAAAAUGAAUAUCGUACAUCUGCGUAAGAAUCAGUGUAUCAAUUUGAUUUAACAUUUUUAAUUAUCAAAGGGACUGUCUAGAGGUCUACAAAUUUGAUACCUAUGAUUUUACAGUUUUCAAUCCUCUGACACUUUAAAAAGUAUUGAUGUUUAAAUUGCUGGAAUUGAAAUAUUAAAACUCAUUUUUUGCUGGUUUAAAUGAUUUUGUCUUUGGGAAUGUUAUAUUUGUGAUUGCAAAUUUGAGGAAUGAAUACUGCAUGUUUGAAAUGAUAAUUGUACUCAAGAUUUAAGAAUAAAUUGCCUGAUUUUUUUGUUUAAGAAUAAGAAUAGUUCUAAAGUAAUUGUGACCUGUGAUUGUGGUGUUCUAUAGUAUUAUUUUCGAGGGAAUGCUUUGAUGUAAUCUUUUGAAAGUAUUUCUAAUUUUAAACAAUAGUGGCCUUUGAUUAAUGUGUUUUACUUGAUUGUGGAGAGCAAACAGAAUUGGUGGCUUUCAUGGCCUUAGUAUUUAGCAAAAAUGUAAUGUUUGCCUUAUGUAGCAAUGUAGCAUUAAUUAUGUCCAUUUUGUUUUUAGCAUUGUGAAUAAAGUAUCAGUACUUUAUAUGCAAAUGAAAAUGCAUGAUUUUAAAUAGGAUUUGUCUAUUGUAUACAUUCCACUACAAUGGAGGUAAUAAUAAAAUCACAGGCAU